AUGGCAUCGCACGCGUACAAUCUACGCAGUCGCGGCCAUACACCCACCAACCUGAGAGGUAUCCAAGGUAUUGUCAAUUCUUCCGCAAGACCAGCCAACCUCUCGACCAAGGCGCAACCAAUCUCAGUCAAUCUACAGCUAGAACAUGUCAUUGGUACCACGACCAAAGACCCAAACGGCCUGUCAUGCGCAAACCCAAACACAUUUGCCUAUUGUGCUGGCUCUGUAGCCGUUCUGGCCACCAUCGAUGAGCCCAACACCAUCACAAGACGCUACUACCGUGCCAGACCUGCCGUCCUUCCUCUGAACCCAGUCAGCACGUAUUAUACUACGACACCCAAUUCCACACCGACUCGAAAGCGUCGGGCAUUGGUAAACUCAAGGAAGGAACAGGAGGACACAAUACCUAGGCGUACAGUGCUUGAAGACGACAAUUUGAGAACAUGGACCGCCCGCGAACGGAUCAAAACUAUCACUUCCGUCUCAUUGAGUCCAGAUGGCAAGCUGUUGGCGGUUGGCGAAACCGGCUACAACCCAAGAGUGCUGAUAUUUUCCACAAGCAAGGAUGCAGGGAGCGAAUUACCCCUCUCCCUCAUUACUGAGCAUACAAUGGGUGUCAGAAGUGUCGCCUUCAGUCCGGAUUCCCGUUUCCUAGCCACCUUAGGUGAAUCUAACGACGGCUUUCUCUUCAUAUGGUCUGUUCACUCAGGCUCUGGCGCUGUCAAACUUCGUGCUACCAAUAAAUGCACUACGACUAUCUCUCAUAUGGCUUGGUGUGGUCAUUUUCUUGUCACUGUCGGUACCCGCCACGUGAAGGUUUGGCAACCGCCAGACACCCAGAGACUCUCGUCUCAGAAAACUCCUCGUCCUCGGGACACGGUAGAACCAUCUUCAACUACUGGGCCAGUCCCAUUGAUUGGGCGGAACUGUGUGCUGGGCGACCUCGCCAAUAUGACAUUCACCUGUGUGGUUGCCAUAAACGAUCGUCUUGCGGUCAUUGGCACGAAUACCCGCUCACUGUAUUUGGUUGACGUGAGCAAAAACCCUGCAGACUUACAGCCCCUAAGUCACGAUUACUGUUUAAGAGGCGUCGUUGGCGUACGGGAAGAUUCGCGACGUCUGGUGUGGGCAGGUGGAGGUAGCGCUCUACACGAAACCCUCCUGCAGGGAGAUCAGAUGACCAUGGAGGGCAAACCAGCUACGGUCCACUCUGAACCAGAAUCUCUUGCGCCCACACGCCCACGCCUGCAUCAGUCUCGGAGCUCUAGUCAACCGACUCACCCCCAGAUCGUCGCCAUCUCCUGUCUUGUCAAGCACAACAUUUGUGUUGACUCCGAAUCGAAUCUGCUGAUCUCAUUGGCUGAAACCGUUCAGUCAAACCAGGAUCCUUUGAUUCAUAGGCCACUCGCCUCGCACAAUGAGCCUGUGCAAGGGGUACAAGCUCUGAACUUAAGUAGCGGCUUGGGUGCCUUUUUCACCUGGUCAAAAUCGGGUGAAAUCAGAUUUUGGGAUUCUGAUGGUGACUUGCUACGUAUCGAACGGAUCCAGCUUGACGACGAUUCAAACCCUCAAGAGACCGCUAGCAAUGAGCUGAAUGUGCUACGAUACUCCGGAAGAAACAGCUUCCUGUCUGGAGAUCGCUUCGGAGUGCUGAAACUUAUAGGAUGCACACAAUGGAAGCUCUUGCAGACAGCCCGUGCGCACAGUGCUGAAGUGAGCGAUAUUUGCCUCGACCGCGCAUCGUCGUUCGUGGCAACAUGCAGCCGCGAUCGUAUGGUGCAGGUAUUCACACUUUCAGAUUCAAAUCUUGAGCUACUUCAGACAACUGACGACCAUAUAGCAGCAGUAAAUCAAGUGCUAUUCAGCUCUGAUGGCAAUAUACUGUUAUCGUCUUCGGCUGAUCGUACUAUCGUGGUGCGUGAGAAGGUCGUGCGUACACAUGGCGAUAAUAUGCUUAUUGCCUUUUUACAAACACGGAUUAUUACAAUCAAAGCAUCUCCUCUUUCUAUAUGCCUAAUGCCGAACAAGGACAAUAUUGUGUAUGUGUCAACCCUGGACCGAAGCAUCAUCAAGGCCGACUUUGUCAUCGGUGCUGUGGUAGAUACUUUUAAAGUUGCAGACGCAGACUCAGACGAUCAUGCUGUACUUAACUCGAUCCAGGUAGUUCAAGAUUGCGAACCAAGCAGUGCGCGGAAUCUGCUGAUUGGUUGUUCAUCCACCGACAAGUCAGUCAGGGUGUAUGAUUUGCAGAAGCAGGUAUUUCUCACAAAGGAAUCGGCGCAUACUCAAGGCGUGUCUGACAUCGCUCUGCUUGAAGCUGAUUUUGAAACAACCUCUCUGAACAUGCGAACCUUUGUCUCUGCAGGUUACGACACGACUAUCAUGAAAUGGCGGCUAUGUACUACGUCACCAGCUAUGCCUACGCAAGAGCAGGCUAGUCUUGCUGACACCACGGAGCAAACUCCAACAAAGAACAGUUCGGUGGCCUUGCCUCCUUUGAGGAAGGUGUUGACCAAGGCCGACGUUGCUGACUUCAUGAGCCAUAUCUCGCCAAAGCCACAUCUAACAGCAAACUCCUCUGUUUCGCGGCUCAAGAAAAAGAACUCCAAGCUAUCGCUGGCUCCGUCCAUCAACGUUGACAGAAUAGACGAGAAUACCACGCCUUUGUUACAACGGCGGGCUUCCGCUGACGAUAAAACUAAAGCAGAGCGAAGAUCCCCUUCACCACCUGCAUACGCUACUAAGCGACAGAAGAAGCCGACGAUUAGGGGCGAGGUGACUAAAGAUUUCUUCACAAGACAAUCGGAGUGGUUAAGUGCAUCGCCGUCUCCAGCACUCUCACCAACAGUGCCUCAGCUUAGACAACUCCCAAAAACAAAUAAUGCAAGACUGAGACGCCCGCCCUCUGUGCCUACCGAUUUACGUUCAAAGGCUCGAGUAACAGAGCAAAGACUAAGCAAGGUUACACCAGCCGGAGAUCUUGCGUCCACAGAGAUGACGACCGAGCAGAUCUCAGCAUUUCUUAGAGCUUACAAGAAGAGACUGGAGGAAACGCCAGACGACAUCGAUCUUGAAGGGGUCGAAGCGGAUCUUGAAAGCAUGCUUGAGAUCGUGAAGCAGAAAAUCAGAGACCACAAGCACUCAUCAGGCCUAAAGGGACCAUCUUCCGCCAUAAUUCAGAAGCCCAAACCACAGUUGGACCGUUCAUGGACUGCAGACGCAGUGGUGAACGCUUCAUAUCAUAAGACACAAAGCAACAGUACGACUACCAGCGAGACCGGCAGUCCAACCAUAAUUAGCAACAACAGCACCAGCACAUCGUGCGGUAUAGCUGAGCCGGAACACAACACAGGACUUGACGUUAAUGGACUCUCAACUUUGAUGGAGCGGGCGAAAUUGACUGGGGCGUAG